AUGCGAUUCAGUCGAUUUUUAGCGGUAGGUUUAACUACCGUAGUUGUUCAGGCUUUAAUUGAUGAAAUAUGGUUAAGUAGCGAGAUCAACAGAAUAGACACGCUAGAAAGACGUCAGAAUGAAGAAUUGGGAGCCCUCAAUGGGCGAAGCAUGGGGCUGAUCAAAGGGCUGAACGGCGUAAAGCUGAAGCGCGAUAAUAUGGGCGCGCACGACAAUAUGGGCAGCAUGGGACAUGCCGAUCACAGUGAGAAUAGCGACGAUGUCUCGCUACCGCUGCCACUGCCAGUGCCACAUGUAGAGCAUCAUCAUCACGGCGUUCCUAUAUUGGAGACAGAUCUUCUUCCGGAGGAGCGUGUAUGGUGGGAAGCUUACAAUACUACGACAUAUUUCAGUGCUGGCGGCCGUACUGGCUUGCUUUAUAGUCAUAUAGUAUUAGUGUGGGUAUCCUUCAUUUUCUUAUACCCAGUGUCUUUGGUAUUGAAUAACAUUGGUGCAAAUGAAUGGCACUUGGCAUUACUUUUUGCUCACGCCAUACUGGUAGCAAUGGGUAUCUUUUGUUAUUGGGGGUUUUUAGGGUCUGUAUCUGGAGAGUUGUAUCCUGGAAAUGCAUACCAUCCAAUGACCCUUAUAUUGUUCAUUUCGAAUUUCCUCACUGUGCUCUUUGCCGUUGUACGCUAUGCUCAUUGCUGGCUUAGUGGAGGAAGCUCGAAUGGUUAUGAAUGCUUAAAUGACGAAGAAUCGAGCUGUAUGACACUCUAUGACUUGUCACGGAAUAAUCUGCCACUGUCUCCUGGUAAUAUUUCUACAGAUCAUAAUGACAGCAGCAUAGAUGAUCUUCCUCUCCCUCUGCAUCAUUACAAGACAUCAAGUAACUCUAUGGUACCUCCCUCGAAAAUUCAAAGCUUUUUACGUUCAAGAUUAAUAACAGGAUUGGUAAACCAUCUCGGUAAAGUAUCGGCCUUGGUUUUCAGCAUUCUUCAAUGGGGUCAAUUAGCAUACUUCUGGGUCUAUCUUCCUACUGGUGUAGCCACUUUCUUGCUAUUAGGCAAAGGCAUUGCAGUAUUCAACCUUUUGGCUCAUUUUAUAAAGGGCGGUGUUUUCUUCUGUUAUGGUAUUCUUUCAUUAUCUCGUUACUGCGGUGCAUACUCUGGUAAAGGGUGGGCUUGGAAUCAUAAGUUUAUCACCAGCAGUGAGCUCUCCAAGUCAAGAUGGUAUCGCAUUCAAUCUAAUGGUCUCUGUUCUAUGGAGCUCUUGGAAAGCUCGUUAAUUUUGUUCUAUGGGUCUACUAAUAUAUUCUUGGAACAUUUAUCUAAUGCUGGUAACCCUUAUUCUGCAAAAGAUCUUCAACAUGCAUCAAUAGCAUUUAUUUUCAUCGGUUGUGGAUUAUGUGGAGUAUUGACAGAGGCAAAGUUAAGUCAUUGGCGUUAUGAGAAAGCAGUUGAGCAUUUAGAAAUGAAAGUAAGAGGUUCAGGCGAAAACACAAAUGAAGUACAUUUGUCAAAGAUUGUGAAAGCUUGUCCAGGCUUCUCUCCAAAUCCAUUUCCUGUUUUGACUAUUUUUUGGACGGGAUAUCUUAUGUCAAAGCACGAGCAAUCACUGCAGUUAGCUACUGAUAUUCAUACUCAAUGGGGAAAUUUGUUCAUGUUUGGAUGUGCUUUUCGCUUACUUUCAUACUUAAUGGCAAUGCUUGGCCCAGCCGCCAAAUCAUUAACAGAGCCAAGCUGGCCAUUUACUGAGCUUUUAGUUAGCUUCGCAUUACUAUGUGGAGGGUUGAUUUUCAUGGAAUCAACAGAGCCAGUGGUACAAAUCUUUGAAUAUAGAGGCUAUACAUCCAUGUUUACUUUGAACGUAUCAUUGGGAUUGGUUA